AUAUUUUUCAAUCUGGGUGCUUCGUAAAAUAAUCGAAUAAAAAUGUUUCCUUAUAAAACUGGUCCAGUGAAAUGUAAUUAUUGUGGAUUGGUCGUGUUGUCUGCUCACGAAUUAUUGACCGGACAUGUAUGUCAUAGAACAAUUCGUCAGCGUAAUAUGGCUCCGCAAUCUUCAAAAAUAUAUAGACCAAGUAUUAUUAAAAAUACAAGAGCAGAAGCGUUAAAAACCUUUCGUUUACCAUCAAUUAGACAGACCAUUGUGAAAGACACUUUGAAAGAUGUCAGAAAUGAUUCAACAGCAAAUCUGUCUAAAGUUGAUUUUGGGUUUAGACCACCGAUAACGUCAUCUCAAUCUGCACCAUCAUCAUCAUCAUGGAUUUCAGAUGAAAUAUUAGAUGAAUCUGAAAUACCAAUUCCAGUCCUUGAAUAUUAUAAAAAAGAUGAAUUGUUGAGCGGGAGAAAUAGUAGUUUAAAAAGUAUCAAAAAUGCUAUUCCAAAACCAGUCACUGUUAAACGGAAUCUUCCACCGAAAUCUUUAGAAAGAUCUGUUUUACCAGUAUCAUUGCAUCAACCAUCAGAGGAAUCUGACAUCCCUAUCACAGUCUAUGAUUUGGGAAGAAGAAUGUCUCCAGUUAAUCAUAAAUCAUUCACAGAGUUAACUUCAUUUUUGGAUCCAGAACUCUUAAACAUGAAAAUUGUUCCUGAUUCAAAAUUAGUACCAGAACCUUUACAUGUUAUGUUAAUUUCAUCGGUUAAUAAAGAAGUAACUAUUGUUCCUCUUGAUGAUGUUAUAAACGAACUAGACAAAAGAUUGAAAGAACUACCUUAUGCUGUAAGAUUGAAAUUAGAGUAUGAAUUUCUUCAAAACGUGCAAGAAGCAGUAGAUCAAGAACAAAAAAGAACAACAAAUAUUAUUUGA